AUGGCAGAAAAAGUAAAUCCCAUCACCAGCGUUACCAGCGCAGGCAACAGGCUCGACGCCGCAGACCACGAGCUUGAUCUCAAUGCCGUCACCUCCAACCCACUCUCUCUAGGCGAUGUGGCAGCAGGCCUCACGCUGGACCAGAAAUUCUAUAUUUUGAGGCGCCUUGAGUUUGGUCACCUCACCACCUUCGACGACUUGCCUCCCACGGCGGCGUUCAUGAUCGAGAAAAUCCAGACCUUGGACAUUGCCGAGGCCGAGGAGAUCUUGAAGCAGUUCUUGGAGGACCACGACACAGACCUCAACAUCCCCAACGAGGAAAUCGACUUUGUCGAGCUUCUUGUGGAAAAAUCGCCCCGCAACGCUGCCCGGGGCGACGUCAAGACCAUGGGCUUUUCUGAGUUGGAAAAAGAGCACAGCGACAAGGAACACACGGCUGUCAAUGAGCUGGUCUCGCUUUCGUCGCUCGAGUCCAUGGACUUUAAAAAAGUGUUUGACUGGGAAUUGCAGGCGAAAACCGAGGCCGGUCUUAUUGCCUACUGGUCGCCUUACCCGGAGGUUCGUUCUGUUACAGAUCCAUACGACGAUGCCUCCACUCCGUGUGAAACAUGGAGAGUCUACUUCUUGGGCAUGAUCUGGGUCGCCAUUGGCUCCGUCAUCAACGAAUACUUCUACAACAGAAUGCCCAGCAUCAGUUUACGGUCGCUGGUUGUGCAGCUUUUCCUCUAUCCAUGCGGUAAGUUCCUCGAGGCCGUGGUGCCCAAGAAAACCAUCAAAAUCUGGAAAUGGAGCAUUGAGCUUAAUCCUGGGCCUUGGUCCCACAAGGAGCAGUUGCUUGCCACGCUUUGCUACAGUGUGAGUGGUGCUGCUGUGUACGCCAGUUCUUUCAUUACACUCCAGAAGUUGGACAUCUUCUACGGCGAGAAGUUUGUCGAUUUCGGCUACCAGAUCCUCUUGGUUCUCGCCUCCAACUUCAUGGGUUUCGGUUUCGCCGGUAUCUUCAGAAAAUUCGUCAUCUACCCAGUCCACUCCAUCUGGCCCACCAUCUUGCCCACACUUGCGCUUAACAAGGCCUUGAUUCAACCAGAGAAGAAGGAGAAAAUCCACGGCUGGACCAUCUCCAGAUACAGCUUCUUCUUCGCCGUCUUUGCAUUUUCCUUCUUGUGGUUCUGGGUGCCUGACUACCUCUUCACGGCGCUUUCCUCAUUCAACUGGAUCACCUGGAUUGCUCCCAACAACCUCAACUUGGCCACCAUCACCGGAAUGUCGUCCGGCUUGGGCCUCAACCCCAUCUCGACUUUCGACUGGAACAUCAUGGGCAUGAACUCGCCUUUGGCGAUUCCCUUCUUUGCUCAGUUGAACAACUUCUGCGGAAUGAUCAUUGGUUUCUUCGUCAUUGUCGGCUUGUGGUGGACCAACUACAAGUGGACUGCCUACUUGCCCAUCAACUCCAACCAGAUCUUUACCAAUCAGGGCGAGAUCUACCAAGUGCAAGCAGUGUUGCUGGACAAAGGUACUCUUGACCAGGAGAAAUACGAGAAAGUCGGUCCUCCAUUCUAUUCCGCUGCCAACCUUGUGGUGUACGGUGCCUUCUUUGCCGUGUACCCAUUGAACGUGGUCUAUGUUCUCCUCACUGACUACAAGAGACUCUGGUUUGCCAUUAAGUCCAUGAUCAAGUCGAUGAACUUCAAGAAGAAGACCUCUGCGUACGACGGUUUCAACGAUCCUUUCUCGAGAUCCAUGACAAAAUACAAGGAGGUGCCCGAAUGGUGUUUCUUGAUCAUCUUGCUUAUCAGUGUGGUGUUUGCCAUUGUCUGUGUCAAGGCCUACCCAUUGAACACCCCAGUGUGGACCAUUUUCUUCGCUUUGGGUAUGAACUUUGUUUUCUUGUUGCCCUUCUGCGUGGUCUACUCCACCACCGGUACUGCUGUUUCCAUCAAUGUCUUGCUUGAGUUGAUCAUUGGUUACGCUCUUCCAGGUAACGGUACCGCCUUGAACUUCGUCAAGACCUUGGGUACCAACAUUGACGCCCAAGCUGAAAACUAUAUUACAAACCAAAAACAAGCCCACUACUUGAGAAUCCCACCAAGAGCCUUGUUCCGUGUCCAGAUGAUCUCCAGUAUCAUCUACAGUUUCGUCUCUGUGGGUGUUCUUAACCUCGCCAUUGACACCAUCGAAGACUACUGUACCAGUGGCCAGCCUCAGAGAUUCUCCUGUCCAAACACCACCACAUUCUACUCUGCAUCUGUCUUGUGGGGUGUCAUUGGACCCAAGAAGGUGUUCGGCCAUCUUUACCCUGUUUUGCAAUGGUGUUUCUUGAUUGGCUUCUUGCUCGCUUUCCCAUGCUGGGCACUCCGGAAGUGGGGCAGAAAGACCGUUAUUGGCAAAUACGUGCACCCGGUUGUCGUUGUUUUCGGUUUCCUCCAAUAUGCUCCUUACAACUUGAGUUACUACAUUCCAGGCAUGAUCCUCUCGUUCAUCUUCAUGUACUUGAUCAGAAAGAGAAAGACCGCCUGGUGGGAGAAGUACAACUAUAUUCUCUCUGGAGGCAUGGAUGCUGGUGUUGCGUUUAGCAGUAUCAUCAUCUUCUUUGCCGUCCAGUACCAUGCUAAAAAUAUCGAGUGGUGGGGCAAUACGGUAAACGACAAUGGAAUCGAUGCCAUGCGCCCAUCCAGACUUAAUGUUACGACCGAUGCUCCCGAUGGGUACUUCGGGCCCAGAAUCGGCCAUUUCCCAUGA